CCACCAUCGUGAUACCUGCGAGCAAUCUCUUCCUUCACUCGCAUCCAUCCUAAAGUCCGCGGCAGUUGUCGAUACCAUUCGUUCACUAUAACUGCCAACAUGGGCGCCGCUUCUACAGCCAAAAACUCCGUUCAGGUCUUCGGCCGCAAGAAAACUGCGGUUGCCGUUGCUCACAUCACCGGCAAUGGAAAGGGCCUCAUGAAGAUCAACGGUACUCCUCUUGACCUCCUCGAGCCGGAGGGUCUGCGCGUCAAAGUCCUCGAGCCGAUGCUAAUUCUCGGCCAGGAGCGAUUUGCCGACAUUGAUAUUCGUCUACGUGUGAAAGGUGGUGGGUACACUGCCCAGAUUUACGCCAUCCGACAAGCAAUUGCCAAGGGCCUCAUUGCGUACUAUCAAAAGUUUGUCGACGAAGCCACCAAGAAGGAGCUCAAGGACACCCUUCUCGCCUACGACCGGACCCUUCUCGUCGCUGAUCCGCGUCGCUGUGAACCGAAGAAGUUCGGCGGCCGGGGUGCGCGUGCGCGCUUCCAGAAGUCUUACCGUUAGAAAAUACGUUGGAUGGAGUGCGCUUUCCUUUGCUAGCGCGAGGAGUGUGGGAAAAGUUGUUGUCCUCUGCAAUUUCACCCUUGCGUUUAACACUCACCAACUCAGACCACAGUGCUGCGACAUUUUGUUUGCUCACAUCCAGAUGUAAAUUGAACGCAUUUCGUUAAGCAGCGGUAUUUCACGCACUCACUAAUUUUCUGCUACGGCUUUUUUUAAAAAUAUGCCCUAUCGCAA